AAGAAGGCGGCACGAGCAGUCACAUGACUAACACGUGCAUAGUAUCUUUAAUUUUUUUUUAAUUACGUGGCAAUGGCAUCGGAAUGUAUCGCUCGUCUUUUUUCUCGUUUGUUUUCUUCUUUGAUUUUCGUGGGAAACAAACAAAAAGACAAAACAGCGAGCUAGAAAUCGAGAAAAUGAACGAAAAUUCGUUGGAUGAAGAGGGAGCGAUGGAUCUGUUGAAUCAAUUGGAAGCCAUAUUGGAAUCUGAUCCUCUCAUUGAUGAAGUAGGGUUUAUUCACCCAUCUCAGUUUGUCAUGCUUAGCAAAGAGUGUUGUGAAUCCAGUGAUUCAUCCGAGGAUGGUGCUUUCCGACCUAGAGAUACAAAAUUUUGGAAUAGAGAUCAUAAGUUGGGUAUUUCCACUGAGGUUCUUCUUCCCUUGUGUAAGGCUGCAAAAAGUGCGUUUAUGGAUGUGAUGAAACAAUAUAAGACACAUAGCAGCUUAUCGGAUAAUAAACAUGAGGAUGAGAAUAUCAUGUUUGGCUCUUUGUCUUGUCUGUCUUUUGAAAGUGAAGUCAUGAAGCAUAGCAGGGCGCUUUUAUUGUUAAGCUGUGAUUUUGGCACUGCAUGGAAUUCCAGGAAGCUAGUUGUGUCAAAGAAGCAGCAAAUGUCAAUGUUUAUGGAUGAACUUCUCUUGUCAGCCCUUGUUCUUUCUUAUUCACCUAAAAGUGAACAGGCUUGGAGCCACAGGCGAUGGAUUAUCAAGAUGAUUGCUGGAAAAUAUUCAACUCUGCAAGAUAUCAUAGCAAAUGAAUCUGAGCUUGUUGAAAAAAUAGCUGAGAGAUCAAAAAUGAACUACCGUGCCUGGAAUCACCGCUGCUGGUUAGUUUCCUACAUGACAAGGGGGCAGAUGCUUCAUGAGAUAAAGAAAUCCAGAGAUUGGGCUGGGUUGCACGUUGCUGAUAAUUCAUGCUUUCACUAUCGCAGACGGCUAAUGCUUGGAAUUUUAGAGAAUUCCUUCUGUAAACAAGAAGGUGACAACUCUUCUUACGAUGUUGAAAACUAUCAAGUCGUGAAGGAGGAACUUGAUUUGAAUGAAGUGUUAAUAAAGCGUUAUAUAGGUAGAGAGGCUCUAUGGCUUCAUCGUCGUUACCUGUCCCUAUGUUUGAUACGGCAUUUGACAACUAUGCAUGGUACUUGUUGCCAUUCUGAGCAGAAAACCAGCAUGGAUAAUGAGAUAAAUAAAUUUUUGGAUAAUGAAUCAUGUCUCCUGAAUUCCUGCUCAACCAUUCAAGAUAUGGAGUUUGAGGAUUUCAAAGCACAAGCAAUGUAUUCAGCAAUUUACUUUUUAUGGUUGAUAAAGCAAAUUCCUCAAUUUAGGGAGAUUGAACUGCAAGUGAAGCUAAAAGCAGGAAACUUGAAGAGCAUACUACAUAAGACAUGUCCAGAAAGAUCUUUCCUUUGGGAUUUUUUGGACUUAAAUGGUUUUUAAUGAGCAUGUAAGAGAGAAUUAGUUACAGCUUUGGAAACUUCCAAGGGUGCAUUGCCAUGUUUUCCAGCUCCAAAGAGGUCUGAGAUGCCAUGAGGAUAAGGCAAGCUAGUAUAGAUUUGAGAAAUGGCUGACCAUUCCCACUUUACCAUGGUCCUGGAAAGAAACUUGUAAAUGAAAAAAAUGGGAAGCAACCGACUAGCAUAACUGGACACAGUGGAAAUGCACAGGGAGUUUGCUGAGUUGGUAUGAAAACUCACAGCUUUAUAUUGACCUUUGUGUGUUGUUUUUUUUUUUUCCUUUUUUCUUUUAUAACUGAUAUUCACUCUUCCAUUUGAAGUCCGCAUGUCAUACACUAAUGUGAAACUUUGUCUUCCCAUCAAAAUUAAAGCAUCGAAUGUUAGGCAGCUCUUUUAUGUCUCCAAAUGUUCCCUAAAACUGAUGGUUGCUUCCUCUGUCGAGUGGGAGCCAAUGCACACCAAUCCUCAAGAUGAUGGUUUGGUUGCUUCCCUUGUCGAGUGGAGCAUGUGUUGAGUAAAGCUUAAUAAAGGUCUUUACUCUUUUGUUUGCUUAAUGCAAACCUUCAUUAGAAGGUAUCGUUCAUGCAAGUCAUCUUUAAAAGGUGUAAUCCAACAAACAUGAAGUUCAAAUCUAUUCAUUGCCGGCUUGAAUCAUAACGAUGAUAUGUAGAAGAGAUUGCCCCAGUUUGAUGAGUCUCCCCAAAAAUAGAUUGAAGGUUGCAUUAACACUUACAAUACCUUCCUUAAUAGAUAUUGAAUUCAAAUCUCGAUAUUUGCAAUUUUUUUUUAAUUUUCAGACUAGAUUCUUCUUUAUAUAUAUAAAAAAUACAUCAAAUCGUUAUCGUAGUUAAUAACCAGCUAAAUUAAACUCUUGUUUUUCUAUGUUUAUGUUCUACUUCAAGCUUCUAUUUUACUUUAAGCUGGGCUUGAGCUUAUAAUCAAGUGAAUAUGAUCAUGAAUUCUCUAUUCCAGCCUCGUAUUUUCUAGAUUAAUUUCAAUGAAUAUUGGGGAUAAAAGUGAAAAAGUCAUAUGGAAGAAAAAGAAAUGAUAUUUUCAUUCGUGCUCUUAGAAGAGACAUAUCUAAACGCUAAGAUAACAGUCUACUAAAACACGACAAAAGAUUAAGGGUUCAUUUUGAUUCCACUGAACCCCAUUAGGGUUUCGAUUGUGAUGAAACAUGGUGCCAAACAUAUCGAAGAGAUCCAAACGAAGUAGCCUGAUGAACUCAAAGUAGUCGCCAGGAGUUUAUCAUUUCUGCUUCAGUGGGUGGUGGACUCCUCCAGUCAUCCGGAACGCAGCAUGGUGAAAAACCCAAGACACUCACUUUCAUCACCAAUCCCAUCAUCAAGGUAUCAACUUGAGCUUCCAUUCUCUUCAAUCUCAAAUCCUUUUGCAUAACGCUUCACCAACAAAAAAAAAAAAAAAACUGAUUUUUUAUACAACAAUCUAAG